CUUAAAAAAAAAUUGGGCCAAACUUCUAGAGAAUAAACUGUGGCCAAUUAACUUGUUAGUUCUUAAACGGUUCUUACUGCAAAAAGAAAGCGGCUCCUUUCUCACAGGCAGGUGUAUUUUAUAGCCGCCAUAAAGGGAAGUGUUUGUAUUCUCGCCCUCUCUCUGUGUUCAAAUAUUUUAGGACAGUUUCAUUAUCUCUGUGAUCACGGAGCGAGGUGAGGCAACUCCAUCAGUUCCUCAACAGCACGACCUUCAUUGUAGGAAAAAGCAAACGAUGCGAAAGUUAUUGAAAGGAAAGGACAGGCGCCAGGUACGGGAGAGUGUGACGUCAAGGGAAGAGACGGAUGAGUCUGUUAGCCUCAAACCUUCGAGUCCAACCAUUCCAAUGGAUCCAGAAAUAUCUACCAGAUUUCCAUGCAGAUGCAAAAUGUCUAAGCGGAAGACCAUUAUAACUGUACUCUCGGUCAUUACUGUCAUUGCAAUUCUUGUGGUUGCCAUUUAUUUUGUGAAGGUUGCCAUCAAUGAAUAUUAUUACUUCUGUUCCAAAACUUUUAAGUUCAUCCCUCGUGAUUCCCAAUGCAACGGAAUCUUGGAUUGUUCUGAAGGUGAAGAUGAGCGUGAGUGUGUGAUGAACGUCACAUUCCGAGACCCUUUCCCAGUGCGAAUCUAUGGAUCUAAAUCCAUUCUGCAAGUGAGGGAUUCAGAAACCCAGCAAUGGAAGAGCAUCUGUUAUGACAACUGGCGACCCAGCCUCUCAGAAGUAACAUGCAAGCAGCUGGGAUACUCUAAUAGCCCUAUGGGUAGUCCUGUGGACAAGGGACUGUGGCCCUUACACAAGAUAGUCGACUUCAGCAAAGUCACCAACCCUGCCUCCAUUCAAAAUGUGUUAAUAGAAGGGUCUUGUUCUUCUGGGAACAUUGUGUCUUUGGUCUGUGCACGAUGCGAGCGGAGUGCCACUGACCGGAUAGUUGGGGGUACGGAUGCUAGCAUUGACGAAUGGCCCUGGCAGGUCAGCCUUCAGUACAAGAAACAGCAUCUGUGUGGUGGUAGCAUCAUAAACCACCGGUGGAUCCUGACUGCUGCUCACUGUUUCCCAGAGGAGUAUAACCAGAUUGCAAACUGGAGAGUGUUUGCUGGCAGUGAUGUUCUCUACUCUGGGGGAAGCACCUUCUCCAUUAUGAAAGUUGUCAUCAACGCCAAGUACAAUUCAGUGACCAGCAACUACGAUAUAGCCCUCAUUAAAGUUAGGUCACCGCUACCGUUCACAGAUUACAUUCGUCCUGUUUGUUUACCUAACCACGCUUCUCCAGUUCCAAAGAAAAUUUUGGCAUGGGUCACUGGCUGGGGCUACACUAAAGAAUUUGGUCAAGUGUCAACUGUGCUUAAACAGGCCAAUGUAUCGGUGAUUGGACGGGAGAUUUGUAACAGUUUGCAGUAUUACGGUGGGCAGAUCACUGAGCAAAUGCUGUGCGCAGGCUACCAGGCUGGUAAAGUGGAUGCUUGCCAGGGGGACAGUGGGGGUCCGUUAGUUCUUCGUGUGAAAAGUUGGCGGCUAAUUGGGAUUGUGAGCUGGGGUAGUGGCUGUGCCCGCCCAAACCGUCCUGGAGUUUACAGCAACGUGGGCGCAAUGCUGGAUUGGAUCUACCAAGUCCUAAACAUGCAGGAAUGAGGACAAGAGGUGUGGGGACAGAAGACCACCUUGUACCUGGUCCUGGUUUCCUGGAUUUGUGGGAGACUGUUACUCUAUGCACUUUAUUGAAGAUUUUUAAGGGACGCAAUGAUUUGACUUUUUAUUACUCCUCUGUCUUGCCUUUCUUGUUCAAUCCAAAACGCAAGAAUGCAAAAACUCUCAAACACCAACUGCCUCAGUGAUCUUUGUAAGGGAACUCAGACACUAGAUUCAGGCAAAUGACAGAAAUUUGUAAUAGCUUUUUAUUGUUUUUUAAUUAUGUGAACCAUGUCUAUUUGUAAACCAUCCCACAAUGCACUGCUCUGUGAUCUCAAUAUUGAAAAGUAUAAAAAUACAGUGGAAGGGAUUAAGUUAUCUUCCAGGGAGCAAUUCACGGUGUUGGUUAUUCUAAAUACCUCUGGUAGGUCAAACCUCCACAUUUCUGAAUGCCUUACCACCAAAAAAUAAUCCUUUUAAUCUUUUGAUUGAAAAUGAUCACCUGGGCAACCAGACGUUUUACAAAUUCUUUCUGAUUCACAAAUUGAAUUUGAAGUAUUCAGUAAGGCAGCCAGAUGUUUGCACAGCAGAUUCCAGGUUGACCUACCAACAUUCUGCAAAGGCAUGUUUGAGCAGAAUGUAUUUGGUGAAAGCCAGUGCCUUGUUUUUAAUAAAGCCUUGUUAUUUGGCAUUGUAACUUUUUAAUGUUUAUGAAACACACAUUUUUAUACUUGUUUAAAGCUUCAGAAACAUUGAUGAUAAGGGGUUUGGUGGGGGUGUGGAGAAAGCUACUUGCUACCUGAGCCUGGGCUUUUUGGGAGAUUGUUACCCCACCCCCUUGAAUUUGAGAGCAGAUCCUAACUUUUAAAUGUAUUACCAGAAUAAAAAGGACUAUUUUGUGUGAUUGAUGGAGACAAUGCUAGUGUUCAGAAAUAGCACCUAACCACCUUGUUGGCAUCAAAUAAGAGCCGCCCCAGAUUGGAGACUUUAGAGUAAAUCUUACUUCCUGUCAAACAGACUACGGAGGUGUGAAACUGGUUGAACAUGAGGGUGGGUGGGGUGGGGGGUCGCCCCCCCCCCUUAAUGGCUCAGUAUGUGAAAUGUACCACUGGAUCUGAUACCAGUCUUCAAUAGGCAGGUCCGGCCAUGGAUUCUACACAGUCAAAUGGCAUAGCCAAGUCUUUGGUGAAAAGGAAUGAGUUUAUAUUUGGUGGUGGAUGGCUAAAACAAAUCAUCCAGCAACCCUACCUCUCACUUUGCAGUGAGUGUUGUUUUUGAAUGCAUCCUCUGGUAAGUCCAGGACUGGGCUAUGAUCCAUUUCCCCACAACCCCUCCAGUCCUUUGUGUCUCCUCAUCAAUGCCCUGAAGAUUGUCACCGUCUAAAAGCUAUCCAUGACAGAGAGAAAAUCAUGUGGGGGCUGAGGGAGUUGCCAUAGGGUUCAUAUAAAUCCAUUCUCCAAUGAGAGUGUUGGCCCCUUUCUCAUUGAAUCUUCGGCAUCCCCUUCCCAGUCAGUGUAUUUAAUGUGUACAACAAGCAUGCUUAUUCAACCUGUUAACCAGAGGUGAUGUCUUCCAUCGGGGAGGCAACUCGAUCAGUUCCCAUCUGUAAUUUGGGUUUGUACAUCUCCAUGGCACUGAUCCUGGUGCUAACCUCUUUCGAACACUAAGGUGAAUGCUGUCACAAUGUGCUGCUUUUGCUCACUCACUCGGUCCAACAUUGCCCUCAGGUGAUUGAAGCUUUGACCGUGAAUGUUUGCGCCAAAUUGCAUGUGAAUUAUUUUGUUUGUUUUUUUUGAUAUCUUUGUACCUGGAUAUUCAGAUUUGUUUUUAAAUAAAAAUUGACCAUUUUUUCAUAUCCACCUGUGUGACUUGUCUGAGCUGUAUAAAAGGAGAUGUUCAGCUUGCACAGUAAACCCACAUCUGUGUACAGAGGGGGCGAGGGAUAGUUCAGUCAGACCAACCCCCCUUCCCCUACCCCUAGCAAGGAAAA